GCUAGUCGUAGUGUGUUGACAUGGAUUGCAGUGGGAAGUUGCGACGAAAAACAUGCAAAUCGGAGAUUUUCUUCCUGGGCGCCGCCCUACCGAACGUUGCAUGGAACACACACGUAUGUAUGUAUGUAUGUAUGUAUGUCUUAACACCGCCAAAACCAUAAGGCAUCCCUCUCCAGUGCUUAGUUUCUCACUCCACUCCCCGGCCUUAUGCACGAUGAAGCAAUGGACCGGUUUCAAGGGCGGAGUAAUCCUAUGAUCCGUGACAAUGCCGCGGCACGACUGGAGUCCCAACUUCAUUCCAAUGCCAAGGGACACAUGAUUCUGUGAUUUGAAACCUAUGAUGCAGUAGUCGCAAUUGGAGAACAUGGUCCGUCGAGUGUCUAGUCGACUUGCGGGAAGGUACUGCGAGUCAUAUGCACAUCUGGGGAGGAGUGAAGCUGAUUGCCGGACUCCCGUCGUCGUAGUCACUUCCCAUUAGCUCAGAAGCUGGCUGCAUCGGUAUCUCUGUUCCUACUUCCACUAAGAAAGAUGGUAAGGUACCCUGGGGGGGUCGACGUGCAGGAGAAUUUGGAUCUAGUGAUGGGCGCGGCAGUCGGUGAAUGGAUCGCUUCAUUCCUUUCCGUUUCCGCGUGUGACAAGAGAAACUCAAGCCACCCCUCAUCUUAUUUUGAACGACUGAAUUCAGAAGUAAAAGCAAACGCAAUGCGGGGUAUGGGAGGUUUAACUCACCUGUGCCUGUUACUCGGAUAUGCAGCCAAUGACGCCCCCGAUUUUCACUCGAUAACGCCCAAAGAAGAGACGGGAUGGAAGGAGCAUGAUAAACGAGUCAAGAGGAGAGGAUAUCGUUUCCUUGUCCAUCAUUCAGCAUUUGACAUCAACAUCCAGGGUUUCCCUCAGAUCCUUUCCUCUUCAGAACAAAUUCAUGAGAGGAAAAGGUCUGGGGCUGGACUUGGGAACCUCGACUACACCCCAAUUCACUAGUUAGCUAGUAGAUAGAGAGCUCUCCGUUCAUCAUCCACCUUGAUUGUUGGUUUCUGGUCUUGGGGUUUCUGGGCCACGCGCGUAUCGUAUCCCCUCAUACGAUCGAUCGAUUACGAAUCGCUGUUUAGUCCAUGUCAGACUCGCUACCACACCAUUGGAAAGAGCGUGUGGCAUCGGCCAAGCUCCUUCGACUGUGUUGAUAGGCAGAACUUGACGUCCAUCGUGUUGGCAAAUCAUCAUGGCAAUUUGAACAAUACGAGGGGCAACAGACUUCAGUUCAGGGUUGUGAUUUGACACAUGACCCUUUUUCCCUCCCCUCCCCAAAAGCUAUGCAGUGCAGUGGACUGCAAGAGAACCAAUGACCAGGUCGUUGGGUUUAACUUACAGAGGAAAAAGCUGUGCCAGUCGCAGCACAAUGACGUUGUAGUCAUCCUGGCCCCAUGUAUUCCAUAUUGGCUUAUCUCUCUUUUGUUCUUGUUCUUGAUUCUCAGCGGCUGCGCCAGUUGGCGACAAGUAGACGAUGGUAAACUGUAGGAAGCACUAACGUUAGGGAUCCACUGUCCAUGCCCAACGCCAGGUUUCGUUCUAUUAUGCGUACGAUCGUCAGGCCAUGCGUAUUUC